AUGUCGGCCAUCGUCUACGGGCAUGCGAGCUGCACGGGCGUUAGCAUCGUCUUAUUGAGUGCCCUCCGCAGCGCUGGCAUUGUCAGCCGGCUCGUGGGCACACCGGGGUGGCACGGCAACACCAGCCAUGGCAACCACAACUGGGUCGAAGUGUGGUCGCCAAACGACGGGUGGCUAUUCCUCGAAGCCGCGCCGGCCGGCAACGGGUCGCUUUUUAACCCGUGCGACAAGUGGUUUUGCACCAAGAGCUACAUGACGCCGGCGACGCGCGUGCUCGCGGCCAAGUUUUCCCAGCGCACACGGGAACGUUAUGUGAUGGCGUGGGAUCCAGACAACACGGCGAUACCCGGCGUCGAUCGCUCCGCGUACUACCACCGCGUCUGCGCCGCUUGUCCUGCGUAG